GGUCUUGAAAGAUUCAAAUGGCUUCUUGACACUGCUCCAUUGCCACAACAAUAAAUUCCGAUUUCAAAAUCCCAUGAACGCGAAGACAAUUUUCUGAGCCCAUUCACCAAAUCUGCUAUCGGGUUUCUUCUUCUGAUGGAUUCUGAUACCCCUCGUGCACGCAUUGAUCAAUUCUUUGCUUCAAAAAAGAAGAGGAAGUCUUUGUCACCGAGUCUGAAACCCGCAAGAGCCAAGAAAGAUGUUAAGAUCUCACUUGAAGGGUCUCCUAGCACAAAAGGCUCAUUGGAUGGAUAUUUAGUGACUUCUCAGGAUGAUGAUAGUAAACCUUUGCGCACAGCUAGAGGCACACCGGUUAAGAGAAAUCUGACGUUAGAGAUCGGUCCAUACCUAAAAGAUGAAAAUAAAGGGAGUACUUCUUUGGUCAAAGCACGUUCGACAAUUUCUGAAACAAAAACUUCAAAGGAGAAGCCUGUUAUUUCCCCUGACUCACAUGUUGUUGCAACUAGAGGUCAUGGAGAAGAUGUCUCGGUUACUACACAGGGUGCUGGAAACUCAGAACUUAAGCAAUUUGCUACCAACUUCUUGUCGUUAUAUUGCAGUGAGCUGCCAUCUAGUUUAAGUUUACCUUCAGCGCAGAACGAGGGUGCUAGUAAAAGGAGUGGUAGCCCUUCCAUUCUUGAUGUGGGUAAUAAAACUACAAAGAGAAUCCGCUGCAUCUCGAGUGAAAACGAGUCUAAUAUCAACGGAAAAACCAAUUUUUCUAUUGAGGUAACAGAGGGGAAUACAUUAGUCGGAGCUCAUAUAAGCUUGAGAAAAUGUAACAAUGUGCAUGUCAUUGGGUCAACUGAAUCUGAGACACCUGGUUCAACAUUUACAAAGCUUCAUGUUGAUGAUACUCCCAAGUCAAGUCGUGGUAGCUCCAUAUUUUCACCCGGAGAAACAUUUUGGAAUGAAGCAAUUCAGGUUGCUGAUGGUUUGUUUGCUGGAAAUGAUAAAUUUUCUUUUCAAGCAGCACAAGAGUCCGAGGCUUUGAAGACUCAUAACGAGAUAAUCAAUUCCAAUAGUCUUGGAGAUGGAGAGUGUGGCAAUAAGUCCAAUAAACUAUUUAAUGAAUGUAUAGAGACAGUUUCUGAUGCCUGCGUUGUUUCUGCUGUUGGUUCACUGAGGAAGUUGGGGAAGGAUCUGGACGGAGAGAAGUCCCCGAUGCCUGUUAAGCAUUUUGAUUUUGCUUCUGACGAAAAAAAUUUCGAUGUUGUACAAUCUCUCGGAAAUAACACAGACAUCCAGAUUAUUAGUGGCAAAAAAACUGGGUCCCAAGAAAAUGUAAGUUUAAGUAGCUCUCCUGUUCUCAGCCCUCACAAAGCAGCUCAAGCAAUAGGAAAUAUCCUUGAAAUACAAGACAUGACUCCAGCAUGUCCUGUUUCCAAGGGUAACAAGGAUGUGCUUAUCCAGGAUACCGAUAUAAUGGCAUCAACGACACCUUCAGAGAAACUUAACAAUUGUGCAGCUAAUUCCUUAUCAAGUAAUGACAACACUCCUUCAAGUAUUGCACCAAGAAAGAAUCAUUUGGAUCUCAACCAUUGGCUACCUUCUGAAAUAUGCAGCAUUUACAGGAAAAAGGGUAUUUCGAAAUUGUACUCAUGGCAGGUUGAUUGUCUUCAAGUGGAUGGAGUUUUGCAGAACCGGAAUCUUGUAUAUUGUGCUUCUACCAGUGCUGGUAAAAGUUUUGUUGCUGAGAUAUUGAUGUUACGUAGAAUUUUAUCAUCCGGAAAAAUGGGUCUUCUUGUACUUCCAUAUGUAUCCAUUUGUGCAGAGAAGGCAGAACAUCUUGAGGUCCUUUUGGAACCAGUUGGGAAGCAUGUUCGCAGUUAUUAUGGUAAUCAGGGAGGUGGUAGUCUUCCAAAGGAUACCGCUAUAGCUGUCUGCACUAUUGAGAAGGCAAAUUCCUUAAUUAACCGACUGCUAGAAGAGGGUCGUCUGUCGGAGCUUGGUAUCAUAGUGAUUGAUGAACUCCACAUGGUUGGAGACCAGAAUAGGGGUUAUCUAUUGGAGUUGAUGUUGACCAAGCUUCGCUAUGCAUCUGGUGAAGGAAAUACUGAGUCAUCCAGUGGAGAAAGUUCAGGUAGUAGCAGUGGAAAAGCUGACCCUGCUGGCAGACUCCAAAUUGUUGGCAUGAGUGCAACUCUGCCCAAUGUGACAGCAGUCGCUGAUUGGCUUCAAGCAGCUUUGUAUCAGACCGAGUUUCGGCCUGUUCCACUGGAAGAAUAUAUAAAAGUAGGUAGCACAAUUUAUAACCGAAAAAUGGACAUUGUCAGGACAGUCUCAAAAGCAGCUGAGCUUAGUGGUAAAGAUCCAGAUCACAUUGUGGAGCUCUGCAAUGAGGUUGUCCAAGAAGGCCACUCAGUGCUAAUUUUCUGCUCAAGUCGCAAAGGAUGUGAAUCUACUGCUAAGCAUGUGGCGAAGUAUCUCAAAAGAUUUUCCUUGAAUCACUUGAGCGACCAAAAUGAGUCAAUUGAUAUUACAUCUGCUAUUGAUGCUUUGCGAAGAUCUCCAGCGGGAUUGGAUCCUGUACUGGAAGAGACUCUUCCUGCUGGUGUCGCCUAUCACCAUGCUGGACUCACAGUUGAGGAAAGAGAAACGGUUGAAACCUGUUACCGCAGAGGACUUGUACAUGUCUUAGCAGCUACAUCAACCUUAGCUGCAGGGGUUAACCUCCCUGCUCGGAGAGUCAUCUUCCGACAACCGCGUAUUGGUCGUGACUUUAUUGAUGGCACAAGGUACCAACAGAUGGCUGGUCGGGCUGGUCGGACGGGUAUAGAUACAAAAGGAGAGAGUGUGCUGAUUUGCAAGCCAGAAGAGGUCAAACGGAUAAUGGCACUUCUUAAUGAGAGCUCUCCGCCGUUGCAUUCUUGUUUAUCGGAAGAUAAGAAUGGGAUGAUCCACGCCAUAUUAGAAGUUGUUGCAGGUGGUAUUGUUCAAACAGCUAGUGAUAUUAACCGGUAUGUUAGGUGUACCCUUCUCAAUUCAACAAAACCAUUUGAUGAUGUGGUUAAAUCAGCACAAGAUUCUCUUCGCUGGUUAUGCCAUAAAAAAUUUCUUGAAUGGAGUGAAGAUACCAAGUUAUACACAGUCACACCUCUUGGUCGUGCAUCUUUUGGCAGUUCUCUUUCCCCUGAAGAAUCACUGGUUGUCUUGGAUGAUUUGAUUAGAGCGAGGGAAGGGUUUGUGCUUGCAUCUGAUCUGCAUGUUGUUUACUUAGUGACACCCAUUAAUGUUGAUGUUGAGCCUGAUUGGGAACUGUACUACCAGAGGUUUAUGGAGUUGUCUGCCCUGGAUCAGUCAGUUGGUAAUCGGGUUGGAGUUCAAGAACCCUUUUUGAUGCGAAUGGCUCAUGGUGCACCAGUUCGUACAUCGUAUAGGUCAAAAGCUGGUACUAAAGGGUUGCAGGGGAAGUUUGAUAACCGAUCUCUGAAUGACCAUAUGCUUUCAGAUGAGCACAUGCUUCGCAUUUGUAGGAGAUUCUUUGUGGCUCUUAUACUGUCGAGGCUUGUGCAGGUAAAAUCUGUGAAAGGAAUAUCAAACACUGCUGUAUCUCUGUCUGCCACUUCUUCUUCAUGGAAUUCAUAG